AUGACACUGGUUUACUUUCCUCCUUCAAAGCUUCAGCAGCAGCAGCAGCCAUCGAGAUCCAGUCGCCUGGCCCAACAGUUGGCCCAAUCCUCCUGGCAGCUGGCCCUGCGCUUUGGCAAACGGACCACUAUCCACGGCCUGGACAGGCUGCUUAGUGCCAAGGCCAGUCGAUGGGAGCGAUUCGUCUGGCUGUGCACCUUUGUGAGUGCCUUCCUGGGCGCGGUGUACGUUUGCCUGAUUCUCUCCGCCCGCUACAACGCCGCCCACUUCCAGACGGUGGUGGAUAGCACGCGGUUUCCGGUUUACCGCAUACCAUUUCCGGUCAUAACGAUCUGCAACCGGAAUCGCCUCAACUGGCAACGCCUGGCGGAGGCGAAGUCAAGAUUCCUGGCCAACGGCAGCAACUCCGCCCAGCAGGAGCUCUUCGAGCUGAUUGUGGGCACCUACGACGAUGCUUACUUCGGUCACUUUCAGUCCUUCGAGCGAUUGCGCAACCAGCCAACGGAGCUGCUCAACUAUGUCAAUUUCAGCCAGGUGGUGGAUUUUAUGACCUGGCGCUGCAACGAGCUGCUCGCGGAAUGCCUGUGGCGCCACCAUGCCUACGACUGCUGCGAGAUCUUCUCGAAGCGGCGCAGCAAGAACGGCUUGUGCUGGGCUUUCAACUCGCUGGAGACGGAAGAGGGCAGGCGGAUGCAGCUGCUCGAUCCCAUGUGGCCCUGGCGUACUGGGUCGGCGGGUCCCAUGAGCGCCCUCUCCGUGCGUGUUCUCAUCCAGCCCGCGAAGCACUGGCCGGGGCACAGGGAGACGAAUGCCAUGAAGGGCAUCGAUGUCAUGGUUACCGAGCCAUUUGUGUGGCACAACAAUCCGUUCUUCGUGGCCGCGAACACGGAGACGACCAUGGAGAUCGAACCCGUCAUCUACUUCUAUGACAACGACACCCGGGGAGUUCGCUCCGACCAGCGCCAGUGCGUCUUCGAUGAUGAGCACAACAGCAAGGAUUUCAAGUCGCUGCAAGGAUACGUUUACAUGAUUGAAAACUGUCAGUCCGAGUGCCAUCAGGAGUACUUGGUGCGCUAUUGCAACUGCACAAUGGACCUACUGUUUCCACCGGGUCAAUAUCGAUCGUGUCGGGCGCAGGAUUUGCUGUGCCUCGCUGAGCACAAUGACCUGCUCAUCUACUCCCACAAUCCCGGCGAGAAGGAGUUCGUUCGCAACCAAUUUCAGGGAAUGUCCUGCAAGUGCUUCCGCAACUGCUACUCCCUCAACUACAUCAGCGAUGUCCGGCCCGCCUUCCUGCCACCGGAUGUGUACGCAAACAACUCCUAUGUGGACCUGGAUGUGCACUUUCGCUUCGAGACCAUUAUGGUCUAUCGCACCAGCCUCGUCUUCGGCUGGGUGGACUUAAUGGUUAGCUUUGGAGGAAUUGCCGGUCUUUUUCUUGGCUGCUCCCUAAUUAGUGGCAUGGAACUGGCCUAUUUCCUGUGCAUUGAGGUGCCGGCCUUUGGGCUGGAUGGACUGCGUCGAAGGUGGAAGGCUCGACGGCAGAUGGAUCUGGGCGUAACCGUGCCCACGCCCACUUUGAACUUUCAACAAACCACGCCCAGUCAGCUGAUGGAGAACUACAUUAUGCAACUGAAGGCUGAGAAGGCGCAACAGCAGAAGGCGAACUUUCAAAACUGGCACCGCAUAACAUUUGCUCAAAAGCAUGUUAUUGGCAAGUGA